GAAACCUAAGCCAAGCUAAGCCAAGCCAAGCCAACGUUGUCAAGUCAAUCUUCUAUGUUUCCCUGAUAUAACUUAUUAGUUUCCUGAGAAAAAAUCUUGGGAGGAAAAAUUCCUUUUCACUUACGGCGAUUCUCAAGUUUUCUCUUGUAGAAUCGGAAAUAGCACUCGCCGCCGUUGGUUCACAAAGCGGUGAGGAUGUCAACUCCUUCAAGGAAGAGACUGAUGAGAGAUUUUAAGAGGUUGCAACAAGAUCCUCCCGCUGGAAUUAGUGGUGCACCCCAAGAUAACAAUAUAAUGCUUUGGAAUGCAGUUAUAUUCGGGCCUGAUGACACUCCAUGGGAUGGAGGUACGUUUAAAUUGACUCUUCAGUUUACAGAGGACUAUCCAAAUAAGCCUCCAACAGUUCGUUUUGUCUCUCGGAUGUUCCAUCCUAACAUUUAUGCAGAUGGAAGUAUCUGUCUGGACAUCUUACAAAAUCAGUGGAGUCCAAUUUAUGACGUGGCAGCAAUUCUGACCUCUAUUCAGUCAUUGCUUUGUGAUCCAAAUCCAAAUUCUCCUGCAAAUUCUGAAGCUGCUCGAAUGUUUAGUGAGAACAAGCGUGAAUACAAUAGGAGAGUGAGAGAGAUUGUUGAGCAAAGUUGGACUGCUGAUUAAUUGCUCAUCUCAGUUCUCAGCUUCAAAUCAAAACAGCCGUAUGUCCUGUUUAAAUAAUGUUCAGACUAGAUAUUGUGUUGCAAACUCCUUCGACUGGAUCAUGUUGCUUGCCUUACGAGGGAGGAUGGAUGCUCUUAAUUGAAGUACUCCUACCUUCUGUUGCAUUUGUGUAGAAUAGAAAAUAUUUACUUCUUGGUCUCUUUUUGGUUUUGGCACAUUGGUGAAAUUAGUUGCAUGGUAGCACAAGAGUUUAAACCUUUAAUCUUAAUUCCAAAGCAAGGGUUUCAAGUUAAUAGGUAUAAACUCGUUUCUAGUUUAAGUACCAAUGCUUGAAUAGUUUUGUGACGUUUUACCUAGAAACACCUGUAGCCACUCUAAACAACUUCUUUAUACCCCGAGGGCUGUGUUUGUGAGAAGAGCUACUCAAUUUGAGCUAGACUUGAGUGUCACUCACUAGACGAACUGAGGUUUUGCUCUGUGUUUUUCUGGAGGGCCCGUGAGCUACACGAGCUUAAUUUUUGAAGGAGUCAAGCUCAAUCCUUUAAAUGUCAAUGUAGCAUGAGCUCGUUAAGUAUGAAUCGAGCUCAAGUAAUUGUUGACAA